AUCAGGGGCGGACUGAGCAUUUGGAAACUCGAGCACUCCCCGAGGGCCCGGGGUCAGUAGGGGGCCCCAUGAGAUGCCCCUGGUACUUUUUUCAUAGGUUUUUUUGAGUUUGGGUAAGGACACAGGGGCCCCAUGAUCCCUAUUGCCCGAGGGCCCCAUGAGUUGUCAGUCCGCCCCUGGUGUAGAUGUAAGACUUACAGAGUCUGGUUGCAAUAACCUUAAAAUUUGUAUUGAGCAGAAUGUUAUUAUUACAAACACCCUAGCGGGAGUGCGCCACUCAGGGAAU